AGUAACAGAAAACCCCGAGGAGAGCAGGAGCCGCCGAGAGCUCCUUCAGGGCCCCCGCACGAGAUCUUUUUUUUUUAUUAAAAAAAAAGUUUGAUUUUCACGGCAAACCGUGUGACGGAUAAUAACCUGUGCGUGAAUCCCAUCCGCACGAAUCCAAGAUGAGGUUUAUCAUUUUAACGCUGACGGCUGCGCUUUGCCUCGCAUUAGUGAGCUCGCAUCCGCUUCCGGAAGCAGACGGACUACGAUCAGAGGCCCUUGAUCGGCUGGUGAUGGCCGAAGCCGACAGCGAGGCCGCCCUGAGGAGCAAAAGGACGAUCGGCAUACUACGACAGCUCUUCCCCGAUAUUUCCCAGGACGUGAACCCGGAAUCAGAGAAUCGAGUGAACGAAAUCGGAUCGGAAUCACAGAACAACGAGGUGCGGGUGCAAUUUGCGGACGAAGUGCCGAGCGACAGUUCGCCGCAGGAGUUGACGCCAUUGGAUGAGACCGAGGACGAGGACGAAAACAGAAACAAGAGAUUCCUCUUCGGCUUCGGCGGCGGUUCCGGCGGGGGCGCCGGAUCGGGCAACUUCCUCUUCGACAUUAUCAGGCAAGCGGCCGACGGGGCGGCAAGAGCGGCGGGCACGGUGUACCGUGUCGUGGCCGGUACACAGAGCCUCGGGCUCGGGCUGAGCGCCACGCGCGACGUGGGCCCGGCCGCCCCAGCUGCCGCCAACUCCGCUGGCACCCCGACAUCCGGCGCACCCUCGACCGCCGCCCCAGGAGCCGGCAUUCUACCACCGCUGGUGGCCGGAAGCGGAAGUAAUCAGCUGGGCGGCUCCUCGGGCACCGCCGAGCACGGAAAGUCGGACGAAACGCAGGAAGCCGUACCCGGUCCAGUCACCAGGUUCUUCGUCAUCGCCAAUCGAGGACUCUCGAAUCUCGUCCAGGAUCUCAUACUCCGUCUGGCGGCCACGAGCGAGCGCUUCGUCAACUUCAAGGCGCGACUCAUCACCUCCAUCAUCUAAGGUCAUCUCAUUCUGAGAACUGGGAUGAGGAAGCAGAAGAGGGGCCCCGCCGGCGUUGGUAUCGCCAUGUGGAGGCACCACCGCCGAGCCGCCUUUGCCAGUAGGAGCACGGGUACGACGUUGGCAACAGAACCAAUCUCACGGUGUUGCCCCCUUGUCCCUGAGAUCCUGAACUCAAUUCCUUCGUCGAUGGCCGUCGAGCUUUUCGCGAAAACACAAGACACUUCGCCGCCAAACGCAUUCCCCGCCCCAAAGCGACCUCGACUCGGUUCCGUUCGACUUCGUUCACUCCACUGUCUAAUUCCUUUUAAUUUGUUUUUAUUCCACUUAAAUUCUCACUCUAGCUCUGUCGCCCUUUUUUCUUUCUCCCCUUCUACUUCUCUCCCUACACUUCUCUGAUUUCCGUCUUUCAGUCAACUAUAGAAUAACAAUAAUGAAUAACGAAUAAUAAAGAAAUUUCCGUAAGCGAUCGUCGUUUUAGGACGAUCGAAAUUUUAAACGUUACGGCGUGGCUCGUGCCGCCAUGGUACGAUGGAAGCACAUCGAGAGAGACGAGUGAAACUGUAAAAUCGUUUUGAAUUUGUGAUACGACACGCUCUCCGUUGACAGUUUCGAACGAAAUGAUUCAUGCACCAACGAUCACGGGUCGAAAAUUUCUCCGCGUAGCUCUCUCGUGUAGCAGAGAGUCAUCCCUCGGCUAAAAAAUAUUUCAAUUCGUACUUAAAGUAAGAAUAAAUAAUCUAUUUUUUUUUUAUUUAAAAGGUAUAUGAUACGGAAGGCUUAUGGUUUUUUUUUAAUAGGGGUAAGACGCGUGCUGUUAAAAGGAUCGAAGAACAAAGUCAAAUAAUUUUUUUUCCUUCGAUUGUUUACGCGCGAACGAAACGUUUCUCGAUUAAUCAGCGUCGAGCACGAGACAAACAAAAUACUUGUACAUAGCCCAUCCCAGAAUAGUGCCAGGCAUUUACUGUUUCUACCCAUUUGUGUUUCUACCACUGCUUUCUUAUCCAAUUAUAUCUCCCGUACCUACAUUUCUCUUCUCCUUGAAAAUUGCGGUGACGUAAAACUUGUGAAAUUUAGACACAAUCUAAAUACGCUAAACACUGUUAAUUAAAGAUAGAGUGAAACCAAAAUCACUUUCUUAUGUAUGUAACUUCAAUUGAUUGACGGUUCGUGGAAGCCUGUCACCGCAGUGAACUAUCGGAGACAAAGAUUUUCCCUUCUUGGAUUUUCACCGAACGGGAAAAUCCAAUAAGCGAUACAAUUUAACAAAAUGUAAUGUCGUCAGCAACAACUGUUGGAGACAACGCGGCGUUUCUCGUCCUUGUACCGAGCGUAUUAUUUCUCUAUGUAAAGCGUCCCUGUUGUUUUUUGUAGUGCAAAUAAAUAUUAUUAUAAUAAGAA